UAGCAUCAUUUGAGCGAUCUAUUCGCAUUGUAUAAACGAACGUCGAUUAGAACACCAUGUCUAAGAAAGUAGCUGUUGUAACCGGUUCCAACAAGGGAAUUGGCUUUGCGAUUGUGAAGGGACUGUUGAGGAGGUACGACGGCGUGGUGUAUCUUACGUCACGCAGCGAAGAGCGCGGGCGCACGGCUGUCUCGCAGCUUAAAGAACUCGGCCUUAAUCCUGAAUACCAUCAGCUGGAUGUCACCGAUAGAGAAAGCGUUCUGCGCUUUCGCGAGCACAUCAAGCGCAGCCACGGCGGCAUUGACAUUCUAAUCAACAACGCAGCCAUCGCCAACAGCGCACAGCUGUACAACUCCCACGAGGAGAAUGAGGAAAUCAUCAACAUCAAUUAUAAAAGCAUCCUGACUAUUCAAGAGCUGCUGUUUCCCUUGGUCAGGAACAAUGGACGCAUCUUGAACAUCUCGAGCGACUGCGGGCACCUAUCCAACGUUAGGAACAAGUAUUGGAUCGAACGACUGUCGAGACAAGAUAUGACUGUGAAUGAUAUCAAUGAAUUCGUUGAAUGGUUUCUCAAGGAGUCAAGAAAUGGGACUUUUAAGAAGGAAGAGCUCGCUGAUGAUGCCACCGCUGCGGCCUAUCGGGUGGCAAAGGUGGCGUUGAGCGCCUUAACGAUGUUGCAGCAGAACGAGCUCGCGGCGAGAAAUAUUUCUGUAAACUCGAUGCACCCAGGUCUAGUGCGCACUGAUAUGACUCAAGGGGUGGGUUUUUACAGCGCCGACCAGGCGGCAGAGACGCCCAUCUACCUGGUGCUGGACGCGCCGCAGAACCUCAAGGGCGCUUACGUGUGGUUUGACAGGAAAGUCCUGGACUGGUACGACUACAAUGCUGAUUAUUACUUCAAGUCGAAGACCCUCAACGGUUAGCUACACAAAUGAAAGCAUUUACAAGUGCAUGAUGUUGAAUAUGUGGUAAUAUUAAAAAAAACCGAUAACGGAGAAUUUUUAACAUCUUUCAACGCGUUUCAUCAACACUAUGGCAUGCCUAGUCUGUUUCAUGAAAUUGAAAUUUGAAAAAAUAUUCCACCUCUAAAGGUGGCAACCUAGGAGAUGAGUGACUUUUGAGGUCGGUUUUUUAGUACUCUGUACUGAUGUAUGUCUAUUUUAUUAUAACAUGUAACAUUAAUUUCCGUCACUGAAAUGUUUGUUUGGAUUAGGUAUUAUAAACAAAGGCUAUUUAUACAUCGAGAUCAUAUUGUAAGAGGUCACUAUUCUGCAUGAAUUUUGUGACUGAAUAAUAUGCUUUUUUUACGAGAAUUGUCUUUGAAUUUUUGAAAAUUUGUGAAUGAAUUGUUUUAUGGUAUAUUUUUAUAUAGAUUUUUGAUUCUGGCUGCUAUGGUAACUUUACUUAUGUAACGUCUGUUCCAAUCCGAUAAGCCAGAAAAGUAAAUAAACCGGUUUGGUUAAAACCCCAAACCAUAGGUUCCCAAACUUCUUGGCAUAACCGCCCACUUAGGCAAGAUAAAAUAAUUUCAACACCAAUAUUAAUACAAAAAAUCACAAGGUAGUUUAUAUAGAUAAUUCAGGUUUUUUUUCAAAUGCGGUAGCACCUCCUGGAUAGUGCCCCCCAAUAGCUUCCGCGGCCCCUAUCGCCCACCUAAAACUCUUCAGCGCCCACUAAGGGGCGGUAUGGACCACUUUGGGAAACUAUGCUCUAAAGCAAUCACUCAAUAAAUUAAAUAAGUAAUAGCUUCACGUAUAUUUUCAAGAUUUCAUUGAUAACUCAUCAGUUUUUCCAGCAAUAUUAAUUCGAACAACAUAUUAAAAUUUUAUUUGAAAAAUGAUAGUUCAAAAAUGAGGUUAUUAAUCAAAUACAGAUUUGUGAAUAGUCUAUGUUUGCUUAGGGCGCGUUCCCACUAUGUCGUGACGACAGAUUGUCGUGCAGUUUACAGUGCCGUGGCUUGUAUAUUUAAAUGAAGUUGUUCAUAUAUAGCACGACACGAUUACCUGUCGUUCACGAUUUUUUAUCGUUACAACGACAAACUGUCGUCACAGUGGGAAUAGCUAGAACGGCUGUUGUGGACCGUAGUUGGUUUAUUUUUUCUAUUUUGAACCUAAUUUCGGAAAUGGACGCCUUUUUUAAGAAGCGCGCAAACUGUUAGUUUCUUCUCUUUUACGCAUACGAAGGUCGGCAGUGAUAGCUGAGACGCGUUGCUAGAUGGACCUAUGUAGCUAAUUCAUUUCAUAAUUGUAAUAUAGUAGGCGUAGCUUAAAACAUCGAUUGCUCAAGAUCAUCGACCCUUUUCAGCAUCUUAAAAUAUAAAAACAUCUAUUACAUAGUGUAAUAAACAAAACGAAAUUACUAA